GAUUCAACAACAGCAACACUGCCGUUGUUGUCUUUGAACCAUGUUUCUUUUGUCUCCAAAUCAGUGAGCAAAUCCGUGAGGUUUUACGAGCAAGUUUUGGGAUUUGUUCUCAUCAAACGCCCUUCUUCUUUCAACUUUGAAGGAGCUUGGGUUGUAUCUCAAUUUGGUGAGAGUUCGAGUGCUUGAAAAGGUAACAGGUUCAACAGAAUGGGAACAUCUUGUCGGAUGCUCGAAAAAGUUGACCAUGCAUGCCUGUAUAAUCACUCACCAAAGAAAUUUCAACAAUUACAUUUGGUGGGAUUUGAAUCCAUACCUAUGAUCUAUGGGUUGUUCAACUACGGGAUCGGCAUCCAUUUGUUAGAAUCCGAGAGUGUUCCAACGAAGAAAGAGAAAAUAAAUCCCAAAGACAACCAUAUAUCGUUUCAAUGCUCCGACAUGAAGCAGGUGAUUCGAAAACUUGAAGCGAUGAAGAUCGAGUACGUGACGGCAGUGGUUGAAGAAGGUGGGAUUCAAGUGGAUCAGUUGUUUUUUCACGAUCCCGAUGGCUACAUGAUUGAGAUUUGCAACUGUCAAAACCUUCCGGUUCUUCCACUUACCUCUUGCCCUCUCAAGCUGCCCAGUUCUAGUAGCAGCAAUACCGCGGUUCCUUCUUUAUACGGGAAACGAAGCAGGGAAACACCUUGCUCUGCGGUGGCGGCUGUGAUGAUGGAAAACUUGCUUUUGGAUCUGUUGGACAUAUCCUUUUGAUUGUUUCGAUUUUGGAUUCAAAAAUAAUUUGUUUUAUACAAAUUGUUUGCCAAAUCUGUGAAGAAGAAAAAAAAGAGGGGGGAGGGGGAUAUUUGUAAUGCUAGUGAAAGGUGGUUGUGAGUUUAUUCAAUUCGUGAUUUUUGUGCUUGUAUUUACAUUGAACAGUACUUAUAAAUGCAUGUGAAAUCUUGUCCUUUCCCUUGUCA